AGCCAUGAAUGCACUUGCAGCCACCAAUCGUAACUUUCGCCAAGCGGCCCGUAUUCUUGGCCUUGAUUCAAAGAUUGAGAAAAGUCUUUUGAUUCCAUUCAGGGAAAUCAAGGUUGAGUGUACCAUUCCAAAAGAUGAUGGAGGUCUGGUGUCUUUUGUUGGAUUCAGAGUGCAACAUGAUAAUUCUCGUGGACCCAUGAAGGGAGGCAUCAGAUACCAUCCUGAGGUGGAUCCUGAUGAAGUCAAUGCUCUUGCUCAAUUAAUGACUUGGAAGACUGCUGUAGCUGACAUUCCAUAUGGCGGAGCUAAAGGUGGGAUUGGGUGCACUCCUAAGGAAUUAAGUACGAGUGAGUUGGAGCGCCUUACACGGGUCUUCACACAGAAGAUUCACGAUCUUAUUGGAAUUAAUACUGAUGUUCCUGCACCAGACAUGGGCACUAAUGCCCAGACAAUGGCAUGGAUUUUGGAUGAGUAUUCGAAGUUUCACGGUCAUUCACCUGCUAUUGUAACAGGAAAGCCCAUCGAUCUUGGUGGAUCUUUAGGUAGGGAGGCUGCAACUGGGCGUGGUGUUGUGUUUGCCACUGAAGCAUUACUUGCUGAAUAUGGGAAGUCAAUUAAAGACAUGACAUUUGCCAUUCAAGGGUUUGGCAAUGUUGGAUCUUGGGCUGCAAAGCUUAUUCAUGAGAAAGGUGGGAAAGUUGUUGCAGUGAGCGAUAUAACAGGAGGACUUAAGAACCCCAACGGGAUUGAUAUUCCAGGACUGCUAACUCAUAAAGAUACAACUGGAAAGCUAGCUAAUUUCAGCGGUGGAGAUGCCUUGGAUCCAAAUGAUUUGCUUGUACAUGAAUGUGAUGUUUUGAUCCCAUGUGCUCUUGGUGGAGUUCUGAACAGGGAAAAUGCAGACCAUGUCAAGGCUAAAUUUGUUAUAGAAGCUGCCAACCAUCCUACUGAUCCAGAAGCUGAUGAGAUUUUGUCCAAGAAAGGGGUCAUCAUUCUUCCUGAUAUAUAUGCUAAUGCUGGAGGUGUAACUGUCAGUUAUUUUGAGUGGGUUCAGAAUAUACAAGGUUUCAUGUGGGAUGAAGAUAAAGUAAACAAUGAGCUUAAGAAAUACAUGACAAGAUCCUUUCACAACAUCAAGAACAUGUGCCAGACACACAAUUGCAACCUCCGCAUGGGUGCAUUCACACUAGGAGUGAAUCGUGUCGCCCGUGCUACCCUGUUAAGGGGUUGGGAAGCAUAAUUUAACCUCUUCGUGGUUGCCUACUUUAGUCGCCGAAAUUCACAGGAAGACGGCAAAUUGAAUUGAAUCUCAAUAGUUCGUGGCCCUGUUGAGCUGGCUGCAUUAUGUUGCUUAAUCUCAAUGGUUCAUAUAUUAAGCUAUAGAGACUUCUGAAUUAUCAUUCUUUUUUGUUUGAAGAACAGCAUUAUGUUUUGGAAAUGCAGAAAAGCAUUGAUUAAUGAACUUGGGAAGUGUAUAAAUUUUACAAUCUCAAUUUAAUGAAA